AUGCAGAAGCACAUUAAAGCGAUAUUUGGACAGUCAGUGUUGCAUAAGGAAAAUCAUGCUGAACUGAGGCAUCUUUUGGAUAAUGUAUUAAAGCAUUUGCGAGCGUUAAAGGUAUUAAAACGUCCUGUCGACCAAUGGGACGAUCUUAUUAUUUACGUAAUUACAACUAAAUUGCCGCCGGCCACAAACAAAGAAUGGGAGACUAGCCUCAAAGAUUCAAAUAUUCCGACUCUCAAACAAUUAACGGAUUUUUUGGCUCACAGGUGUCGUACACUAGAAGCGGUUGAUAGGAAUCCUCAAAGCCCCGCAUCGUCUAAUAGCGUUGGUAAGACAAAUACAAAGAAGUCUACUGUAGCAAACGUAGCAACUGGCAAUUCAGGAUGUGUCCUUUGCAAGGGCGAUCAUCCUAUCUUUCUUUGUGGCAAAUUUCUCGGGUUCUCAGUCGACAAGCGUUUUCAAGAAGUCAAAACCCUCAAGCUGUGCUUAAAUUGUCUCAAAUCCACAGAUCAUCGAGCGAAGAAUUGCAACGCCGGCUCAUGUAAGAAGUGUAGUAAGAGGCACAAUACUUUAUUACACAUGGAAUCAACCCCGCAAGCGAAGGAAACUGAAACGAAGUCCACGGAUGUGGUUGCCUCUGUGCAAUCAGCAUCAUUAACGAGCGUAAAUCACGUCACACGGUUGUCAGGGCAGCAUGUCUUACUGUCCACAGCAAUCAUUCACGUUCAGGAUAAUAAAGGAAGUAUUCUACCGUGUCGAGCUAUUCUCGAUGCUGGCUCGCAAGCGAACUUCGUGACAUCAGAACUAGUCGAAAAGCUCGGGCUCAAGCGACAUCCUACCUCUGUGCCAAUAAGCGGAGUGGGAGAAUCGAGCACUGAAACGCAUAGCUACGUUAACAUAAUGGUGCAAUCUCGUUUCAACGGCUUCAAGGUAGAACUCAGAUGCCUUGUGCUGCGUAAGAUUGUACAAGACAUUCCAAAUACACCAAUGAGAAGAUUGGACAUUCGCGUUCCACCAGGAAUCAAGUUAGCGGAUCCCAAUUUUAUGGAGACAUCAAAGAUAGACAUACUCAUAGGAGCAGGACUUUUUUGGGAUCUCCUCUGUGUAGGUCAGAUAAGGACCACACCAGAUCAGCCACGCUGGCAGAAAACACAAUUCGGCUGGAUCGCAGGAGGUGAAAUCAGCACAAGAAAGACGCAGUCCGAAGCAACGAUCUGCAAUCUUAUCACCAACGAAGCACUCGAUAAUGCUAUAGCGAAAUUUUGGGAAAUCGAGCAUGGCGCGCGGAAGAUCAAGAUGUCAGCAGAGGAUCGUAAGUGCGUAGAGCAUUUUAAGUCAACGGUCAAGAGAAAUUUGACGGGCAGAUUUAUAGUCAAGCUCCCGAUCAAGCACGAAGAAUUAGCGCGGCUCGGUCAAUCAAAGGACAUUGCUACACGACAAUUUAUAAAUCUCGAACGCCGUCUAAAUCGUAAUCCGUCGCUCAAAAAGGAUUACACGGACUUCAUCCAUGAAUACGAAGCGUUGGGGCAUUUGAGAGAGGUACAAGGUCAAGAUAUAGAAACCUUCCCGCACUGCUAUUUGCCUCACCAUUGCGUGAUCAAAGAAGAGAGUGAUACGACCAAACUAAGGGUUGUAUUCAACGCCUCGUGCAAAACGACAACGGGCGUUUCACUUAAUGACUGCCUGAUGGUCGGGCCCUCACUGCAGCAGGAUCUCUUUUCUAUUAUUUCAAGAUUUCGUACGUUUGAAUUUGUUUUAGUUGCAGAUAUAACAAAGAUGUACCGCCAGGUGUUGGUCGACGAAUCACAGGUAUCUUUGCAACGUAUCCUGUGGCGCGACACUCCGGAUGGUCCGAUAAGAGUGCUAGAAUUAUUAACAGUCACGUAUGGCACUGGCGCAGCAGCCUUUCUUGCCAUUAAGUCAAUCAGAACACUGGCAGAGAUUGAAGCAAAGAACUUCCCGAUUGGAUCGAAAAUCGUGUUGCGGGACUUUGACGUCGACGAUCUCAUUACUGGGGCAAACACGAAGGAAGCAGCACUGCAAGUUCGUGAUGAGACUACAAAGCUUCUUGAAAAAGGUGGUUUCGUAUUACGCAAAUGGGCUUCCAACAGUCCUGAUCUGCUUGUUAAUCUUCCUGACUCUUCCAUGAUGAAUUCAACACGAACAUUGGACAAAGAAGGUAUGUGCAAAACAUUGGGCAUUCAAUGGAAUCCAAAGGAUGAUGUAUUGCUGUAUCGAAUACAAAUCAAAGCGGACACUAAUCAGCGCGUGACAAAGAGAACAAUUUUGUCAUGUGUCGCACAGAUAGUUGAUCCCUUAGGUCUUCUUGGACCGGUCAUAAUACUUGCAAAAAUGUUGAUUCAACGAUUAUGGACAUUGCAGCUCGGCUGGGAUGAAUCUUUGCCCGCAGAGUUGCACACGCAAUGGAGUAACUACAAAUCGCAACUUAGCCAGUUGAAUGAUAUUCGCAUUUCCCGCAGAGCAGUCGAAGUUAAAUCAAGCACACGCAUUGAGCUGCACGGGUUUUGCGACGCGAGUCAAAAUGCAUAUGAAGCAUGCAUAUACUUACGCACUACAAAUCAAAGAAGAGUGCAUACUACGAAGCUAUUAUGCGCGAAGUCACGAGUAGCACCCCUGAAAGCCGUGUCUUUGCCUCGAUUAGAGCUAAGCGCUGCGCAACUGUUGGCGCAACUAACCGACAAAGUCGUUCCUAUUUUGGAAUUGAAGAUUGACGCAGUAUACCUUUGGACAGAUUCUCAAAUAGUUUUGGAUUGGAUCAACUCCUCAAGUCGAAGAUUCAACACUUUCGUUGCCAAUAGAGUGGGUGACAUACAAGAGCUCACAUCGGUUCAAAGCUGGUCUCACGUAGGUACCGAAUGUAACCCUGCAGAUAUUCUAUCGCGUGGAGCCACUCCUUCUGUUCUCAAGGACGCAGAUCUAUGGUGGAAUGGUCCAUCGUGGUUGCGCGACGACGAAUCCUCAUGGCCUAAAGUCGUACGAUCUUCAGUCAAUGCGGAAGAGCUACCUGAGCAGCGAAAGACAAUCGUAGUCACUUCUACUUCACAUGAAGAAUUCGACAUCAUCGAUAGAUUUUUGUCAUAU